AUGGAUACGAUGAACGCUAACACGAAUCAUGCAAAAUAUAAUUAUAAAAGUCAUCGGACGGUUGAAGAAGGUGCCUUUGACUCGAGGAAAAUUAAAAAAGAAUCUAAUGACGUUAUUUGUGGAGAAAUUGACAAUGUAAACUACGAUACUGCAACAUCUACAACAUCUACAACAACAACAACAACAACAACAACAACAACAACAACAACUAGUACGGCAACUACAACUACCUCAACACCAACUCCAAUUUCGACAACCCCAUCAUCAAAUAAUUUAAUUAUUAUUAAUGAUGAUCAUUCAUCUACAAUAACCCGUGAACGCAGUACAAAUAGUUCACGACAGUCCAAUGGUUUUCAUCCCGAUCUUCAAGAGAUUAUUGCUGCUAAAUUAACUACCAAUUCACAUGGAUUGUCAUCGGCAGCUAAAAAUGAUAAAAUACGUCAUCUUAUCGAGGAUAGCAUCAGCGAGGAAUCUAAACUACGAGUUGACGAAAUUUAUCUUCAAGUCGAACAGCUUAAGGUAGAUGAAAAGUUAUUGUUGUACCUGAAAUUGCCAGCAUUAUUGACAAAUCCCAGUGGUACGGUUGAUCCAUUGAGGCAACCAUUAAAUCCUCUUGGUAAUCGUUAUGAAAUUCAUCAAACGAUAAUGUGGAUUAAAACACAUUUGGAAGAAGAUCCUGAAGUUUCUUUACCAAAACAAGAAGUUUAUGAUGAAUACAACGUUUUUUGCAUGAAAAAUUCAAUGAAGCCACUGUCAACUGCUGAUUUUGGUAAAGUAAUGAAGCAAGUUUAUCCACGAGUACGACCACGGAGGCUUGGUACUCGUGGUAAUUCACGUUAUUGUUACGCUGGAAUGAGAAAAAGAAUUAAGCUUGACACUCCAACACUUCCUUCUAUAAUUGGUGUUGCGGAUGAAGAUGAUUGUGAAGAAAUAAUGAGCGAAGAAAUGCUUGGAGCAGCUUCAACGUUAAUUCGUGAAUGGGCUGAAAGUACAUUAGGUUAUAAAUUUACAUCGUUAAGCGCUUUAGCUCGUCAUUUAGUAGAUAAUCUGUGUGUCGAUACUCGAUCAUUGGCAGCUGUUUGUAUUCUCAGUGCUUCUGGAGAUGUUCAAAAUUCAUCCAAUAAAAUUACAGAGACACCUUUGAAGUCAUCGACACCAGUAGGAGGUGGUAAACCAAUAAAACUUCGUGAAGCUCAAUUACAAUUACAGAAAAAACUUCAACAACGGGAUCAAAAAAGUCGAAAUUCAGAAGCCAUCGUCAGUCAGUCAAAGGAAAGCAAUGGAAGUGAUACUGUGAAAAAUUCAAUAGGUAAAUCAUAUAAAAAAAGUAGAACUAGUUUGUCUCAAUCACCGCAAACGACAAAUUCAACAGGAAUUGUAUCAGUUAAAUCAUCGCCAUCAUCUUCGUUAGUAACCACAAGUCGGUCUAGAAAAUUAUCGAGGUCUGCUAGUCAGGCUAGUACGGUAUCACCACAAUUAAACUGUGAUAAUACGGCUGGACGUACGUCUGUUGAGCCCUUAAAUAAUGGGCUAAAUGUUAGAUCUUGCACAAGUAGUACACCUAAUGAUUCUUCAACUAUAACAACAAUUAAAAAUUCACGUAAACGUGUUAGUUUAGAUCAAACGCGUACUAAUAAUGAAACAAGCCCUGAAAAACAACCUAAGCUUGACGGUGAUAAAGAUAGUUUGAUAAUAAUUAAAAAUAAUGAUAAUAAUGAUACAAAAUUAUCUUUAUCAUCUAAAUUAAUAAAUACAAAUCAUCAACGUUCUAAUAAAAUAACAGUUGUCUCACCGGGUAAUUUAAAAAUAAAAAAACUUGAUAUUAUUGAUGAUAAUAAUGUUAUUAAAAUAGUUAAAUACCGUGAUAAUAAUAAUUUAUUGAUAGAUAAUAAUCGUAUUAUAAAAUCUAAUGGCCGUUCCAGUGUUUAUGAUUCAAAUAUAAAUACUGUAACAACUCCUGUUAUUGUUGAUGAUACUACAAGUAUUUUAAUUAAAGAUCAAAUUUGUGCUUUACAAGAUAGUAAUAGUAAUACGACAGAUGAUUUUUUAAUAAAUAAUAAAAAUGAUAAAUUAACUACUAUUGAUAGUCUUAUCUCUGAUGCGGUUGCGGUUGCGGUUGCGGUUGCGGCUGCUGCUGCUGCUGAUGAUGAUGAUGAUGAUGAUGAUGAUGUUAUCACUGGAGUUUGCUGA